GCUAACUCAGCCGUGAGUGGUGACGGCUGUCAGUCUGGGAGUCGAGCCUCCUAUCGAUUACAGGUGAUUCAGACCCUGGUCCAGCGGUACAUCGAAACAUCGCGACAGGAAUUUGCAGAGAAACAGCGGAAGGACCUCGGGAACCGUAUCACCGAUUUGGGGAAGUUUGUGGGUCGUUUGCAGUCAGAGAUUAAACGUCUGCGGUACAGCAUGGGGGCUGCUGGAACCACCGCCACCAAAUCCGGUGAUGCCUCUGCCGUCCUGGGCAAAUACAUCCUGGGCGCCCGGAACCGAUUCCAGGAAACCGACCAGGAUGACGAAUCCCGCUCCCCGAGGGCAUCCUUUAAAGUGACAGUCCACCAGGACUCGGAGGAUGGAGCCAACAGCAAACCUGCCGAAGUGGGGGAUGAAGCUGACCAAUGCCCCCCUUACCCCAGUAAGGCAGCGGGAGAUGGCACUGCCACAGAGACCACUCUGAAACCCGAGCAGCCCUCAACCACAGGCAAGAGCGAAGGAGAUUCUGAGACGGCAGCUCAGGAGAAAGAGUGAGACAUCCUCACUUUUUACAAAAAGACUUGGGAUCAGGAAGUCCAUGCUCCUCCUGGAUUGGUCAGACGUUUUGCAUGCACUCUGCCUCAGCGCAGUCUCACUGUACCACCGCUCAACUCAUCGCUAUUCUCUCUGUCACAAACAAAGCAAACUGUCUUCGAUGCUCUCUCGCUCACUCACUCGGGUUUUUAUUAACAAUCAGAGUACUGCGGAUACCGGAUACUGCGGAUACCGGAUACUGCGGAUACCGGAUACUGCGGAUUCCAGAUACUGCGG